CACACACACACACACACAACAAUGGAGAAAGAAAAGAAAUAACAUACGACAAUGGAUAAUCAUGUGAUGCAAACCCUGGCAUUAAUGUUUCUUCCCAUCAUCAUCUUCUCCAUUAAACCAGCACUCUCCCAAAAUUCCCCAGCCAUAGCGAAGCCCAACUGCGCCGCCGCAUGCGGCGGCGUGAGCAUCCCAUAUCCAUUCGGGACGACGGAAAACUGCUACCAACACUCCAGCUUCCUCGUCACCUGCAACGAAACAUUCAGCCCGCCGCAACUCUUCUUAGGAGAAAGCACAAUGCAGAUCAAGAACAUAAACCUCGACGGUCAGGUGAGGGUGACGAACGUGUACAUCGGGCACGAUUGCUACGACCGUAAAGCCAGAAGAGUUUCCCGCGUAACUACCUCGUUAACCCUGCCCUAUUUUCUUACGGUGAACAACACCGCCAACAAGAUCACAGUCGUCGGCUGCGACGCCUACGUGUACGUCUCCGGGCGGCGGCUCAGCCGGGAAUUCCUGGCGGGAUGCACCGCCGUGUGCUAUGACAAGGGUGACCUGGAGGAAGGCUCGUGCACCGGCUCAGGGUGCUGCCAGACCUACAUCCCCGAGGGUGUUUGGAGUUUGGAAAUCGAUUUACGGAGCUAUUGGAAUUACACGAAUGUUUGGGAUUUCAACGAUUGCGGGUACGCGUUCGUCGCGGAGACGACCGCGUUUAAUUUCUCGUAUGAAAGCCUGACGAGCUUGAGGAAUGUUACAGCUCUUCCCAUGGUUAUUGAUUGGGCAAUCGGAAACGGCACGUGCGAGGAGGCGGUGAAAAACGGGACUGAUUACGCUUGUCUAAGCCCUAACUCCACUUGCUAUAAACCCGAAAACGGUGACGGGUACAGGUGUCGUUGCCCUGUUGGUUAUCAAGGAAAUCCUUAUCUCAUUGAUGGUUGUUAUGGUAUGUUAGUUUUGUAAUUAAUUAAUUCCAUUUUACUUUUUUUUUUUUUUUU